GUGUGGUGGUGUGUCUAAAGAAUUGGCCAACGCAAAACAAACAAAUUUGCAAAAAUGAACAUGUUUUCCGGAUUAACGAAUCAAGUGACCUCGUGGAUUGGGGCGGCCAAGGGCGAACCGCAGGACGAAGAAGUCCCGACACCCCCGAACUCGGCCGCAACCACUGCGACAGCGACGACUUCCGGCGCUACGGCCCCCGCAGCAACGACUGCAGCCGCUGCAGAUGCAACUGGCGCAGCAGCGGGUGGAGACGGCGGUGACAAAAGCCCAACCAAAGGUGGUGUAUUUUCGGGCGUAUCGUCGAAAGUAACCGGAUGGCUUGGCAACGCCUCGAUCCCCUCGAUGCCAGCCAUUCCGACGGUUUCGAUGCCCGCCAUGCCAGCGAUGCCUUCGAUGCCGUCGAUUCCGGGCCUGCGAAAGGCGAACGCGACAGACGAAAAUGGUGGCAUCACGAACGAGGGUCUGGUCACGUCGCCCGAGAAGGCUAGUCAAGGUAUUGCCGGCUCGACGGAUGCUGCCGAUGAGGAGGACCGGUCAAGGUAUAUUAGCAGACCGCAGGAAAGUGCCACUGGAGGAGCUGAUUCACGUCCCGCUACCGGUCCUGGAACACCAACUGAGGAAAAUGCUGGACAGAUCGGACAAGUCACACAUAAAGUUACUGCUGGUGCUAAAUCGAUUGGCUCAUUCCUGUACUCUUCGUUCAAUAAAGCAGGUGAUAAGAUCAAACAUCUAAAAGAUAACAGCAUUCUGGGUGAAUUUAGCAAGGAACAGGAAGCAUUCAUCAAAAAUCAACAAGGCGGCGGAGCUGCCGGUGUGUGUCCGUGGACAGGUCACGCUAACGAGGCAAAGAUCAAGGAGGAAAUUCUCAGUUUGUCUGCUGAUCGCCGAAAUUUCGUCCGAGCACCGCCGGCUGGUGUUGAAUUCGAUUUUGACUACGAUUCGUCAUACCCAGUUGCAUUGGCUAUCAUGAACGAUGAUAAGGAGCUGGAAAAGAUGCGGUUCGAACUGGUUCCCAAAAUUAUCACGGAAGAAAGCUUCUGGCGCAACUAUUUCUAUCGCGUAUCCCUGAUAUGUCAAGCGGCCGACUUGGGUACAUUGGGCGAUAAUAACGAGUUCGUUAAACGAGGCGCUAGUGAAGAUACAGAGGAUACCGAACGAACGUCAUCCGUUGGGUCAAUGCCUAAUCAGGGCGGCGACGCAAGCUCGUCCGCAACAAGCCCCGAUGAUGAGCCGAUGCAUUCCCCAAUCACACCAAACAUCGGAGAAAAAACACAAACGACAAAAGACAGCGUUAGUCGUAGCGGUGGCAGUGAUUUGCAAUCUGCUGUCGGUAGUGGUACCAGUAAACACACCCACAGUGAGUUUAUUUCCGACAGUUUUCACACAAACGAACAAGAUCUGGAGGAGGUGAAAGCGGGCAUGAAAAAGCUCGGAAUCGAUAGUCUUGCCCAGCAGGCGAACGAAUCGAUUGGGCUUGAAACUGAGAAAAGCGAAGAGCAAUGGGAAAAGGAUCUGGAAGCUGAGCUGCAGGACUACGAGCUGGUAAACGAUGGCAGCAACGAGCGCAACAGCAACUGGGAAAAGGACGUGGAUGAGCUGCUGGAGGACGAAACGGAUCUUAAAUAAAACGAAUGUUUCAAUCAA